AUGUCAAGACAAUAUUAUGUGCAUUCUUGUCAAUUUUGUAAUAGAACUAUUCAAUUAGAAUCCCAUCAUACUGAUAUUAAUCAAUUAAUUGAAGAACAUUUAACAUCAUGCAAAUAUGAUGCACUUGACAAAGAUAAACAUUCAUGCUCUUUAGCAGACUGUUUUGUUAAACAAACUUUCAAAAAUAUUUGUAAUGAUUGUACUUUAAAUUUUUGUGAUAGUCAUAAGAAAGCAACUGAUCAUAGUUGUAGUUCAGUAUUUUCAUGGAAAAAUGCAUCAAAUAAUCCAGCUCCACAAGCUCCAAAAAAGGUUAUUAUUGAAAAUGAAUAUUUAAGAGCUCAAAAGAAUCAAAAGGUAGAAUUGGAUAAAUUAAGAAAAGAAAUGGCUCAAAAUAAACAAGAACUAAAAAUCCGAGAAGAAAAAUCUGUUGAAGAGUUAAAUUCUGAUUUAAUUUUUUUAGAACAACAACAAGUUUUAUAUGAUCAAAUCAAAUCAAAUAACCAAAAUAGCAACAACAAUAAUAAUAAUAAUAAUAAUAAUAAUAAUAAUAAUAAUAAUAAUAAUAAUAAUAAUAAUAAUAAUAAUAAUAAUAAUAAUAAUAAUAAUAAUUUUAGUGAUAAUAAUAAUAUUAAUUUUAGUAAUAAUUACGAUAAAUCAUCAUCAUCAUCGUCAAAUGUAACACCACCACAACCAGUAGUAACCAAGAAAAAACAAGGACUACAAUCAAAGGCAGAAAAAGAUCAAAUUGAAGAAUUAAGAAAGAUUAGAGAGAAUAGAAAAUUAGAGUAUGAAUCAGAUGAUAUUUCAGUUUGUGUAACUGUUAUUUUAUCAAAUAAUGAUAAAUUAACAGCUCAAUUCAAUAAACAAGAUACUCUCAAAAAAAUUCAAGAAUUUGUAAAUAGAAAUCGUUCAGAUGGUGAGGAACCAUAUGCAUUAUGUUUAAAUGCAACAGGUCAACCAUUAUCAAAAAAUGAUAUAAACAAAACUCUUCAACAAUUACAAUUAUUACCAACUCCAACUUUAUAUGUUAUUCUUAUAAAAGAUUUAAAAGAACAAAUAAAAGAAGUAAAAAGAGCUAAUAAUCUCAGAGGUUAUUUUUUCUCGAAUAAAUAUUUAGAAAUGGCUAUUUUAGCAGCUGCUUUAUUUUUUGCUUAUUAUCUUUAUAAAAACUAUCAAAAAGAAACUCUUGGAAAUCGUAAUCGUCAUCAUCAUCGUGAUCAUCACCAUCGUGGUGAUUAUGAUGAUUAUUAUGACUAUUAUUAA